AUGAUACCAGAUAAUAAUGAAAACAAUAAUAAUUUAUAUUUCUUAGCAUUUAGUAAAAAUAAAGUGACCAUUUAUGAAUAUGAUGUGGAUUUAAGUAAGAAUAUUGUAGAUGAUAUUAAUGAUGAAAUAAAAAGAUGUGAAGAGGAGGAUGAGAAAAAUAAAAUAAAUGAACAUACAACAGUUCCUAUAACAAAUGAUGAAAAAAAAAAUGAUUUGAAUCAUAUACGAAAUAAUAAUAUAAUAAAUAAUAAUACAAAAAUUACGAAUCAGAUAAAAAAAUCUACAAAUAAAUUUAAUAAUGAUUUUGUAUUAAAUCGUGGUAUUAAAAUAUAUAAGGAAUUCGACGAUGUUGAACUGGCCACAUGUACCAAUGACUAUAAAAAAAUUAUUCUUGUAAGAAAAAGUAAUUUAAAUGUAGCAGAAAUUAUUGAUAUAAAAAGUGAAAAUAAAAAUGUGACAUGUAUAAAAACAAAAACACAGAUUAAAAGAAUUAUUACGAGUCCUAGAGAUAACUACAUUGUUUUACAUUGUCAAUACAAGCCUGAUAUUACCAAUACGAAUUUGUAUGUAUAUAAAAUUAAUAUAAAAUCAGCUAAGAAAAAAAAAAAGAAAG